AUGUUAAUCACGACGUUGGGUUUUCUGCGUGAUGCAUACUGGCAUUAUGAAGAUAUUCUUCUGAAGUGGCUGCGGCAAAUCCCAUAUCUGAAGGAAUAUACGGAAGAGCGAGUGAGCUCACGGAUCACGUUGUUUUUAAUAAUCAUGGGAGCGUUUGCUUGUAUUAAUGAGCUAUAUAUAACAAUUGAAAUGACAUUUAUACAGAAGGAAACGUAUGAGGAGCUGAGGAGACGCAAGCUGAAUGAGACACUGAAAGAUCACCGGGUAGUGCUGGAUGAUUCAUAUCAUGGCCGAGAGUUUUUGGAUGAAAAGACAGGGAUUGUGAUUGAAGAGUUUGAGAGCAGAGAGAAGUUUUUCUCCAAGCCGGUUCAUGUGGCACAUUUGUAUGCUAACUGCAGGGUACUGGACGGGUCAGAUGAGGCGCGGAGCCUGGGCCAGCUUCUAAAUUUCCAUAUUGAAUUUUCCCCUGAAGAAUUCGAAGAUCAGCGAAGACCGGAAUUUGGGACUUCGUUGAAGGUAUUGAGAAGAAGGUUAUACCAUUUGUUCAAGGAUACGGAAAUAUUCCGUACUUUGGCUGCGGACAAAGGCACAGAUUUCACUGUUUCAAAAAGUGUUAAAAUCUACAAUACUUUUGAUGAGGAACUGCCUACAAACCUUGAUGAUGUACAGUUGUGUUUUUUAAAAAUAGAAACAGGGGAUACUAUAAACUGUAAGUUUUUCGUUUAA